AUGGGGACAGAGACAGGCCAGGACCUGAUGGUGCCCGAUGGGCCCCUUGACUUUGCUGGCUCGAGUCCAGCCAAUGUGGGCUUCACCUGCACCUUCUGGAUCUCCAUUGUGCUCCUGCUGCCACUCAAGUCCUGUCUAGGUCCUGCCACCCUGCAACAUGAAGGGACCCUGCCCCAUGAGUGGACUAUGCCCCACGAGGAGAAAGUGAGAAAAACAGUGAGAAAGAGACUCUCAGAAACUCAAAGCAUGGAGAAAACUAAAGUAAAAUAAAAAUAUCUUCAGCAGGCCAGGAGAAGAGAAGAAAUACUAGCUUUCCUGAGGAAACAGAGGGAAGAAAGGAUUGCAAAAGAGCUGAUUUCACAUCCACAUAAAACAAAGAUCAAAACUGAUCAAGUAAUCAGGUGGAAGGUGUCUGAAGCUGACCUUAUGGAUCAAGAAGCAGUAAAGGCCCAUAAAGAGUUCAGCUAA